CUGUUGCUCUCUGCACUAGUCUGGGAACGUCGAAACAGAAGGAGAAAGACUAAACAGGUGGUCAGAAACACACAGCUAACAAUGUCGUCCCUGGAUAAAAUGUGAAAGAUAUUUUGGUCUCAUCUCUUUAAGGAUACAAGAUUCAAUAACCAAAGAUAAUUCAUGUUUCGGCUGACUUUCAAAGGGAGAAUUUAUCCUCGGUUUUCCUCCGAAUCUGGGCAAGAUCUAUCGGAUAUUAAACUAUGAAAGUGACUGUGUGUUUUGGAAGGACUAGGGUGGUGGUACCGUGCGGAGAUGGAAAUAUCAAAAUCCAUAUUCUCAUCCAGCAAGCCGUCAUGAGAUACAAAAAAGCCAUUGCAAAGGAUGCCAGCUACUGGUUACAGGUGCACCGGUUGGAGCAUGGGGACGGAGGUAUCCUGGACCUGGAUGACGUGCUGUGUGAUGUGGCUGAUGACAAAGACCGGCUGGUGGCGGUGUAUGAUGAACAGGAACCUCACCAUGGUGGCGACGGCACCAGCGCCAGCUCAACGGGCACCCAGAGUCCCGACCUGUUUGCCACCGAGCUCAACACAAGCAGCAUGUCUGCUUUCCAGCCCUACCAGGCCGCCAGCGAGAUAGAAGUCACUCCGUCCGCCCUCCGAACUAAUAUGCCCCUCCAUGUGCGUCGCAGCAGUGAUCCAGCACUGGCGACGGUCAACGGGCCAUUCAGCGACCCCCGUGUGACCCUGCCGCCAGAGGAGCCGUCCAGGAAGAACCCCACCCGCUGGUCCACCACAGCUGGUUUCCUCAAACCACAACACUCUGUUGGAGACACCAGCACUGACGCCAACAGCCUGGAGAGAAAGGGUAAGGUUGUGGACACGUACCGUAGUCUCCCCCGUGACUCAGGGACCUGGGCAAACCAGAGAGAGUUCCAGAGAGAGACGGCCCGCUCCUCCCUGAGUGCCAACCACCCCAUGGUAGACCGCUGGCUGGAGAGACAGGAGCAGGAGGAGGGGGGGCAUGGGGAGGAGGAGAACGGCAGGAUCGAGCCGGUUGGACGAGCUGACUCCUGUAUGGCCCACACCACUGUGAGGUCACUGGAUGACAUUGUAAAGCUGGUAGAAGUGUCCAAUGACGGCGGGCCCUUGGGGAUCCAUGUAGUGCCUUUCAGUGCCCAGGACCGCAGGACUCUCGGCUUGUUGGUCAAGCGCCUGGAGAGGGGAGGCAAGGCGGAGCAACAUAGUCUGUUCCAGGAGAAUGACUGCAUCGUACGCAUUAAUAAUGGAGACCUGCGAAACAUCCGCUUCGAACAAGCCCAGAACAUGUUCCGCCAGGCCAUGCGUUCACCAGUCAUCAUGUUCCAUGUAGUUCCCAACCUGAUGAAGGCCCAGUACGAGCAGCUGUCACACAGCGAGAGGAACCUCAACGUGGCCUACUCAUCUGGAAGCUUCAGCCCUGACUCCCUAGCCAGCGAGAGAGGCAGCACAACUUCAGGCCUGGACCACACCCCACAGAGGAUGUCCCGUGGUCCCCACCCUCACCAGCACCCCGAGCAGGGUGACGCCUACACCUCUCUACCUCACCUCCAUGGGCUUGCCCAUGGGGGCUCCAUGGGCAAGCCCCCAUUAGGCUAUGCCCCUCCAGGCCGCACCCCCUCCCCUCAUAGGGUGCUAAACUCCACCCCCACGGCGGGCUUCACCAAAAAGGUCGGCAGGAGACUGAACAUCCAGCUGAAAAAAGGUCCGGAGGGUCUGGGUUUCAGCAUCACAUCGCGUGACGUCCCCAUCGGCGGCUCGGCGCCCAUCUACGUGAAGAACAUCCUGCCCCGAGGAGCUGCCAUCCAGGACGGACACCUUAAGGCUGGAGACAGGCUGCUGGAGGUGAACGGAGUGGACCUGGUUGGGUUGACCCAGGAGGAGGUGGUCUGUCUGCUGAGGGCCACGCCCAUGGGAGGGGCUGUGAGGCUUGUGGUGUUACGACUGGAGGAGACCUUCCUGCCCAGAGAAGUGAAUGCAGAACCCCAGAUGCAAAGCCCCAGAGAUUUGAAGGUUGAGGAGGAUGACCUGGUGUUGACCCCGGAUGGUACCAGGGAGUUCCUGACCUUUGAGAUCCCUCUGAGUGACUCCGGGUCGGCGGGGUUAGGGGUCAGCGUCAAGGGCAACCGCUCCAAGGAGAACCACUCUGACCUGGGCAUCUUUGUCAAGUCCAUCAUCAACGGGGGAGCUGCCUGCAAGGAUGGAAGGCUGCGGGUCAACGACCAGCUGAUAGCGGUGAACGGGGAGUCGUUGCUAGGCAAGACCAACCAGGAAGCCAUGGAGACGCUAAGGAAGUCCAUGUCGGUAGAAGGCAACAAGCGGGGGAUGAUUCAGCUGAUUGUGGCCAGGAGGGUCACUAAACGCAACGAGCUGGAGGCCUCUGGGAGCCCCCUGGGACCGGAGCAGACCCUCAACUCCACCCUGCUGGACGACCGGGAGCGUCGUAUCUCCCACUCCCUGUACGGAGGCAUAGAGGGCCUGGACGACAACCUGAUGCCACGGCAGACCCUAAUGGGCCGAAUGAUGGGUAACUACCAGCUCUCCCCUACAGUCAACAUGCCCCAGGACGACACAGUCAUCAUCGAAGACGAUAGGCUGCCUGUACUUCCUACCCACCUCUCUGACCAAUCGUCUUCCAGCUCCCAUGACGACGUGGGGUUCCAUGUGGAGGUCCCUCCCCCCUGGGCCAAAGAGAUUCAAAUUCAGAAUGAGAGCCCUCUGAGCCCUGAUGACACCGACCCAGACGGAGCCUUUCAGAGGGAGGGCUUCGGCAGACAGAGCAUGUCCGAGAAACGGACAAAGCAGUUUGGAGAUGCCAGUCAGCUGGAGAUCAUCAAGACACGCAAGUCCAAGAGCAUGGAUCUAGUAGCCGACGAGAUUAACCUCACCCCUCGCAAAGAGAACACGCCAGGGUCUUCCACCAGGGACGUGGGUCCUUUCUUAGGCCUCAAGAAGUCCAGCUCUCUAGAGAGUUUACAGACAGCCGUUGCCGAGGUAACGCUGAAUGGUGACAUGCCCUUCCACAGGCCACGCCCACGCAUCAUCAGGGGGCGGGGCUGCAAUGAGAGCUUCCGGGCUGCCAUCGACAAGUCAUACGACAGGCCAGCCGCUAAAGAGGAUGACGAUGAGGACAUGGAGACAUAUUCCGGCAAUAUAAAACGUUCUGUUACUAUCUGUCCAGUGGAGGAGGACACCGAGGAGAGCUCUCGGUCCGGGCGCGACUCUGUGUCCACCGUGGCAGAUCUGACGCCACUGCAUAACACCGAGAGACCGCUGGUCAACGGCAACCGCACCAAUGAAGACGAGAAGGACAAGGGAGGGACUGACAAAAGGAAACAGAAGGACAAAGAGAAGGACAGCAAGAACAAGGCUAAAAAAGGCAUGCUGAAAGGCCUGGGAGACAUGUUCAGGUUUGGUAAACAUCGCAAGGACGGAGAGAAAAUUGAGCGUAAAGUGUCAAGCAAGUGGAGGCCGGAAGAGCUGCACGCCUCAGAGGAAGAAACACUGAGGAUGAGACUGGAGCAGGAGAGGAUCCAGCUUAAGACCCAGGAGCUACGGGAGCGGCAGGCACGGGAGAGGGACUACGCUGAGAUCCUGGACAUCAACCUAAGCCGAGACGAGGAGCACCCCUAUGCCGGCAUCGGGCCCCUGGACACGUCCCUGGGCAGCGGGCACAGCCGUCCCCAAAGCCCCCGAGACAACGACCACCACCACCAAGACUCGUCCCUCUACACACAAGUCGGCAAGGCCCGCAACGCAAACGGACGCCCUCCCUCCGCCGACAGCAACAGACUAGCGCCUAGCAACCACGACCGGAUACAGCGGCUGAGGCAUGAGUUCCAGCAGGCCAGGGGGGAUGAUGACCCAGACGACCGGAGACGCACCUAUAGCUUCGAGCAGCCCUGGCAGAACACCACCAACACAGGUCCAGGCCCGUACCAGACAGACAGACAACAGACAGGCCGACACUCUGUGUCUGUAGAGAUGCAGAUACAGAGACAGAGGCAGGAGGAGAGAGACGCCUUCCAACAGGCGCAGAGACAGUACAGCUCCCUGCCACGACAACCCAGGAAGAACCCUAGCUGCAUCUCUCAGGACUCCUGGGUCAAGGUCUACCCGCCGGGCGAGGGCUUCCAGACGACCAAGGAGAACCCUCGCUACUCCAGCUACAAGGGCUCCAGGAACGGCUACCCAGGGGUGAGCAGUGUGAAUGCCCGCGUCUUGAUGGAGGCCCAGGAGCUGCUGAGGCAGGAGCAGAGACGCAGGGAGCAGGAGGCCAAAGGGAAGCAGCUACUACUAGCACCCCCGCAGGAGCACCACGGGAACAAAACCUACAACGCCACUCCUUCAUACUCGGCUCACAAGGACCCUGUGUCGCCUAAGGGCCCCUAUAGACAGGACGUACCCCCCUCGCCCUCCCAGCUGGCCAGGCUCAACAGGCUGCAGGGGCCUGAGAAGGGGAGGCCCUUCUACUCCUGAGGGGAUAGGGGCAGGGAUGGGGAAGGGACAGGGCAGCCAAGAAGAGGCCACAGUUGGUGGCGACUACUUCAGGAGCUGAUUAGCUAUAGAAUGGGGAGGCCCUUCUACUCCUGAGGGGAUAGGGACAGGGUGGGCCAGAGCAGCCAUAGUUGUGGAAGAUGUGGACAAUUUGAGUAGGGAAUGCACAGUGAGUGUUAGUAUUAAUGGCUUCCCCUGGAUGUGACCUCUUAGUCCUCCGUUCAGUCCCAGUCAGUCCUUUUCCCUCCCACAGACUGUUGUCAAAUGAGACUUUCAGUGCCUCCUGUAUUCAUGGUCAUGAUGCUUUCUGGGGUAGUAGUGGUGUUGUGGGAUUCAUAGACAUCUGUCACCCUCACGCUCUGACAAUCAUACAGGCAAACAGAUGUUUUUUCAAACAAUGGAGAAGUGUGUGUGUGUUGUGUGUGUGUGUGUGUGUGUGUGUGUGUGUGUGUGUGUGUGUGUGUGUGUGUGUGU